AUGGACGACAAAUCGGCCGAGGUGCAAAGCCUCGUCCGGACUAUCCAGGUCCCUGCCAUCUCAAAGGCGAUCCUUCAGUCCAUCUGCGCCGUGAAUGGCAUCCCCAAGACUGGGAACAAAAGCGAGCUCCAGAGACGCAUCAUUAAUCUAUCGCAAGUAUCGCUCCGGUCACAACCAAUACAGCAACCCUCGUACUACCAGGCGCCGCGACCACAAACCCCUCCCAGCUAUGCUAUGGGUUCAUACAACCAGCCAGGCUAUGGCUCACUCAACGGGCUAAGAUCGCAAAAUCCCCCCUCGGUUGCAUACCAAUCCCAACCCCCGACGACUGGAGCAGCCGGUCGAUUGCGGCCGAAUGCCGGGCUAGUUGCUCCGGCCAUCACCUACAAACCAAGCCCAUUCUACGAACUCAAGUACCAGAUUGGCGAUGUCAAGACUUUGGAAGGUGUGUUCGGGUCACCCCAUUUCUCCGCACCGCUAAGGCCGCUGGUGGCUAACUGGAAUUCAGUGAUGGCAGCGCACCGUAACUCGGAGCGCGUCUCCAUCAAAGUCCAAGACCACCCGGCUCUCCAGCUCUGCCUGACAGACCGGACCAUGCGUGUCAUGGUCUUGUGUACCGCAGGCAAUGUGGGCGUCCAGGAAAUAUCCUUUCCGUAUCAGUGCGAAUUGAAGGUGAAUGGCGGCGACAUCAAGGCAAACCUGCGGGGUCUGAAGAACAAACCUGGGUCUACUAGACCGGUUGACAUCACCGACUCGCUGCGUCUGAGGCCUGCCAGCUACACCAAUAACGUUGAGCUCACCUACGCGCUGACUCAGAAGAAAUUCUACCUCGUCUUGAUCGUCUGCAAAUCCGUCCCCAUUGAGGCACUCGUCUCUCAGAUCCAGAAGAAGAUCCGAAAGGAAUCGGUUGUUGCCGAGAUCACAAAAAAGGCCAGCGACCCUGAUGUGGUGGCUAUGUCGCAGAAUCUGAGCCUCAAGUGCCCGCUAUCAUACAUGAGGCUCAAUCUGCCGUGCCGCGGUGUGAGCUGCAACCAUAUCCAGUGUUUUGACGCAACGUCAUAUCUGCAGCUACAGGAGCAGGGCCCUCAAUGGCUCUGCCCCAUCUGUAACAAACCGGCACCGUUCGAGCAGUUGGCCAUUGAUGACUACCUCGACGACGACGAUAUUGUUGUCUCGCAAGUCACCAAGACGACAGGGAGGGCCUCGACAGGUCCGAGCCAAGCUGCCGCCUCGACUCCCCAUCUUGCAACCCCAACUAGUGUCGGAUCUCGGGAUACCUCUGCGGCCCCCAGGUCGUCCAAAAAGCGGCCAGCUCCCGAGGUUAUUGACCUGACGCUGUCAGACGAUGACGAGCCGCCCCGGCCGGUGAAGCGGUCAAAUCAUGGCAACGGCUAUUCUACGGUCCCGUACUAG